ACGCAGAACCAAACGCAGUCCAGAGUCUCGCUGCGCGUCCGAUUGCGUCUAGGGUUUAAGCUUCUGCACCUCCUCCACCGAUACUGUUUUAACAGCUUGAAACCCUCUUGUUUUCAGUCUUCGCUUCUUCCGAGGCUCUCCGAUGGCGGAGCGGUCGCCGCGUCAUAUCCGCCUCGAGGAAGAGAUCGGUGGCGACCAGGAAGGCACUACCGACUUCGUGUUCUGUCGCAUCGGGGAGUCCACGCCCCUGAAGGCUUCUGACUCCCAGUUCGACCUCAAGGAUCCACCGUCACGACCUCUCGCCGUAUCCGAGCGCUUCCGCGUCAUAUUUCUGGCCCAUUCCGAAGGGUUCCUGGUGGCUAAGACGAAGGAUGUAAUCGGGUUGGGGAAGUUGAUCAAGGAGAAUGGGAAGGGCCCCUGCAUUGAAAAUUCAAGCAUUGUGGAUGUAAAGAUCGGCAAGGUGUCUCUACUUGCACUCUCCAAUGAUUCCUCGGUGCUUGCGGCGGUUGUAGGCAGUGAAAUCCAGUUCUUUUACGUGCCAUCUCUUGUUAAUAAUAAGGAAGAUAAACCUUCUUUUUUAUGUUCAAUGAGAGAUUCUCGCACAAUCAAGGACUUCAAAUGGCAAAAAAAAUCUCAAAAAUCUUAUGUUGUUCUUGCAAGCGAUGGUUUACUUUGUUAUGGUCGCAUAAAAGAGCCCCUGAAGGCUGCCAUGGAAAAUAUUGAUGCAGUUGAUUGGAGCGCAGAUGGCGAUUUCAUUGCUGUUGCAAAAAAGAGUAGUGUAAGCAUAUUUUCAUCUGAUUUUAAAGAGAAAAUUUGCAUGUCCCUAUUCGUCCAAUCAUGGUCAGAUGCUGAAUGUGAGAGCGUAAGAGUGGAUUCUGUUGAAUGGAUACAUGAUGAUAGUAUCAUUAUUGGAAGCAUUAGAGUCAAUGCAGAUGGGAGCGAGGAGGGAUACAUGGUUCAGGUGAUCAGCAGUGGGGCAAAAAAAUUUACCGAGAGUUCUUGUAAUCCAGUGGUCAUUUCCUUUCCUUGUUUAUUUGAAGGUAUUUUGGAUGAUGUUUUGCCAGCUGGAGCUGGACCCUAUUUGCUCUUGAGCUAUUUGGAUCGUUGGGGGCUUCUUCUCACUUCAAAUAAAAAGAACAUUGAUCAGCAUGUUGUUCUGGUAAAGGAUACAAUGGAUGAGUACUAUCGGAGGGAGGUGUCAUGGCUUGAGUUUCAAAAUGACAAGUAUAAACCUUCUAUUGGUCUACAAGAAAAUGGUGAAGACAAUCUGAUAUUGGGGUUUGGUAUCGAUAAGAUUUCCCUAUAUGAGAAAGUUGAAGUACAGGUUGACACAGAAUUUAAAGAACUAUCACCAUAUUGCAUCCUUUUUUGUCUUACGUGUGAAGGGAAGCUUGCCAUGUUCCAUGUUGCAAGAAUUUCAGAUACUUCUGAUCUUCCUCAACCCUCCAUUCCUCCAAUGGAUGUGCCACUGGAGGAUGAGUUAUUUUCAAACACUUCCAAAAUCAAGAAUGGUACAGAUGAUCUAAUACCAAUUGACAGGUCAAAACAGAUUUCUUAUGAAAGCGCUUCUUUUCCUGAAGGUGAUGAAUUGAAAGAUGGAGGAAACAAAAAUUUACCUGAGUUUCCUAGAGUCAACACCCAACUUGGUAAGGGGGAUGAAAGAGGUGGCGUUUCAUUUCAUAGGCAAUCCAUAGGUUACCCUCAACAGACAACCCAGCUUUCCACAAACUUGUCUUCAAAAAAUGGACCUGACUCAGUCAUUGAUAGAACAUCUACAGCAGCAGAAACUGUUUCUUCCUCGAGAACCCAAGUGCAGGUUCCUCUCCUUGUUGGUAACAUGUCAAGCGAAACUGCUGCAACCAAGAAAAAUGAAGCAAAAGGUUUGGUCAAAGGUGUAGGUCAGGUUGCAGUUCCUACAUCCAGUUUUCAAAGUGGUGGUUUUUUCAGUUCGAGAAGUAUCAACACAAAUUCUUCAUCAUUGGCUUCAGGCACAAUUUUCAGUGAUUCCAGCGACAAGUUACCGUCAGGACUGGGACAAACACCCGUUUCUUCUCGAAGUAGCAUUUCAUUUAAUCUUCCAUCAGUCAGUGCUCCCAUUUUAAAAGGAACUGGAGGACCGCCAUCUAUGAUACUCUCUUCAAGCAAAGAUGCUCGCAGUGAAGCGCAGACAACUUUUCUGAAUAAAUCAUCUAAUGCUGAAGCAGCUGCUGCCACCUCCUUUUCAUCACAAGAAAGUUCUGGAAUAGGCAAAAUUACAUUUUCUAAGCAACAACCUUCCUUUUCCAAUUUAAGAACUUCAAAGCAAUUGCAGAUGUCGGAUUCUGAACCAGAGCUGGUGAAACAAUAUAAUAAUGUGAAAGAGAUGGCCAGGGAACUUGAUAAUAUGUUGGAGCUGAUUGAACAAGAAGGGGGAUUUCGAGAUGCUUGCACUAUCUUUCAGCAAAGUGCAGUUCUAGUGCUUGAGGAAGGUCUGAAAAAUCUAUCAGAGACAUUAAAGAUACGCAAGAGAUAUGCAGAGGACGCACUCAUGGAAGUUCAAAAUCUUCAGAGAAAGAUGCUACAAGUUUCAGCUAAGCAAGUUUACAUGGCGGAUAUAGUUAAACAAGCUUCUAGUACCCAGUAUUGGGAUAUGUGGAGCCGUCAGAAGUUGAGUCCUGAGGUUGAACAAAAGCAGCAAAAUAUCCGGAAGGCACACCAGAAUUUGACAAACCAGCUUAUACAAUUGGAGAAACAUUUCAAUAAUGUUGAGAUUAGCAAAUUUGGUGGAAGUGAUACAAUUUCUGCUGGCCAAAGAGCUUUUCACAAUAACCUGAGACAAUCAAGGCAUAGUCAAUCUUUGCAUAGUGUUUGUAACACAUUAAACUCACAGUUAGCAGCAGCCGAGCAGCUAUCUGAACGUCUUAGUAAGCAGAUGGAUUUGCUUAAGCUAAAUGAUACUUCAACUAGAAGAACUGGUGUAGCAAAGGAAUUGUUAGAAUCAAUUGGUCUUGCUGGUGAAGACAUCACUUUGAAAUCUCCAAUUGGCAAAAAUGCUUUUCAUACUCCAGAUUCUAUGAAGAGAAUUUCCUUCAUUGAUACUUCUAGUGAGGGACGUCUCACGAGAGCUUCAACAAGUGCUUUAUCAAACAUUGAGCCAGGAACUACAAGAAGGAGAAGAGAAUCUCUGGAAAAAAGCCGGACUUGCUUUGAGCCUUCAAAGACGGUUGUGAAAAGAAUGACUCAACAAGAAAGUGUCAAAAUUGAUGUUGGCAAUCCCUUCCAGACAGCUAAGAAAGAAUUUGAUUCUAAACUUGAGAUGUAUGCCAUUAUCCAGCAGAAAGCCACUGGAAACUCGUCGUCUUCGACUGAUUCCAUCAGUAAGGUUCAGCCAGAAGGUUACGCUGUGAGCAAAGAUGUUUAUGUGAAACCCUCUAAGCAGGCCUCUAAUUUGCCAACUAGUUCUGUUUUUAAAUGGGCCAACGAACCUUCUGGAAUACCACAAACAUUAGUGUCAAAGCCUUAUCCUGUUGAAGAUGGAAAGAAAAUUGUUAUUCCAACAUCAGUCACAUCACCUCAAAAAUCUUCUCUUUAUGGAUCUGGGUCAUCACAAAUUCCAGAGUUGAUAUCUCGUCCUAUGGAAGGGUUACCUAAAAGCACUAUGACAUCAACUCCAUCUUUAUUUAAUCGCACUUCAAAUGUUCCAAAGGAGAGUAUUGUACCAAUGAAAUCUGUUUCACCACUUCCAACAGUGCCUAAUCUCCAGAUGGAAGCACCUAAACCUGUGACAACAUCUUUAAAUCUUGUAAGUGAUUUAUCAGCUACCAAGAGUACAUCAACAGUGGAGAAAGAACAAGGAAACAAACAAUCAGAUCCCAAGCCUUCCGGGGAAGGCUGGACUUUAAAAUUACCAGGAAGCAUUCUGCAGUCUGCAGCCUCUCCACAAAAGUCUUCUGCACUAUCAACCAAGAGUAAUGCAUUUUAUUUCUCUACAAUGUCAACUUCUACAUCUUCUGAUGUAGGACAAAGGAAUCAUACAGAGAAAACAACAAACAAUGAGCAAUUCAGUGUAUCUGCACCUAACUUGCAGACCAAGAUGGUAGCUUCACAGAUUCCAUCAUCAACAUUUGCAUUGUCAGCUCCUUCAGCAUCAGGUUCUUCUGCAUUCACUAUGCCUUCCUUACCAACAUUUGGAGGAUCAUCUCCAUUCCAGGCUAAAACAGUAGGAGAAACUCGUUUAGCUCAUUCAGCAUCAGUGUCUACCUCAACUUCUGCUCUGUUUACUUCCUCUUCCCAAUCCCAACCAUUGGGUUCAAAAACUGAUCCUCCAUUAACAGCAAGUGAAGGUUUCCAAUUUUCACUAUCACAACCAAUUGAGGUCAAUUCAAAAUCAGAACCAACCAUACCACAAGCUAGCUCACAUGACCAGGCUACAUCAAAAAUUGAACCACUAACAGUUCCUGCAAAUAUGGGUUUGACUGGAUCAAGUAUGACAAAAGAAGCGAGCUCUGUUCCAAUGGUUGGUAAUUUGAUUCCAGCUUCAACUACUCGACCUGAGGAAGGAUCUGCUGUUGAACAUCUUGCAAUCACCAAAGCAACAGAAAACAACAAUCAAUUGGAUGCUAACUCAAUCCAAGAAGAGGAAAUGGAAGAGGAGGUUUCUGAUGCAAGUAAUGAGCUCAACUUGGGAGCCCUUAGUGGAUUUGGACUUGGACCAUCUUCUUUUUCAAGCACUCCCAAGCCUAACCCAUUUGGCAGCAAUUUUCUUGUUGGCAAUGCAAGCACUGUGGGCUCUGCGCCAGCACUGACAACUCAACCGGGUCAGCUUUUCCGGCCUCCAUCUUUUAGCCUCCCAACAGCUAAAAAUGUAUCACCAUCACUAUCAGUUAGCCCAACUGGGAUAUCAAGUGGUAUUACAAAUGCGUAUAGUGGCUUUGGGAAACCAUCACAAAUUGGUGCAGCACAGCCGGCACUUGGAUCAGUAUUGAGUAGUAAUACUAAUGCAUUAAGUGGUUUUGGGCAACCAUCACAAAUUGGUGCAGCACAGCAGGCUCUUGGAUCAGUUCUUGGUACUUUUGGAGAAUCACGACAGCUAGGUCCUGGUGGAUUUGGUGGUGGGUUCGCAAAUGUAGGUACAAGUGGUGGAGCUUCAAGUGGAUUUUCUGGAAAUAUUGCCGGAGGUGGUUUUGCAGCUCUUGCUUCUCAAGGAGGCGGCUUUGCUGGUGCUACUGGAGGAGGUUUUGCUGCUGCUGGUUUCGGUACUGGUGGAUUUGCCGGUGCUUCUGCAGGAGGUUUUGCUGCUGCCGCCUCCAGUACUAGUGGAUUUGCUGCUGCUGCCUCUAGUGGCAGUGGUGGUUUUGCUGGUGCAGGUACUGGAGGAGGAUUCACUAGCUUAAAUCCUACAAUAGGUGGUUUUGGUGGUGCCACUUCUCAAGGCAGUGGUUUUGGAGGGACUAGUUUUGGUGGUGGAUUUGGAGCUUUUAACAGUACUCAGGGAGGUGCUUUCUCUGCGUUUGGAGGAAGUGGCUCCACUGGAACAGGAAGGCCACCAGCCGAACUGUUCACUCAGAUGAGGAGAUGAGUUAUUGCUACAUAUCUCUACAAAUUAUGAGAACAGAAAAAUUUUUAGGUAUGAAGCUGUGUUUUUUGAUGUAAAACUUCUGUAUGCUCGGAUCUGGCUCAAGCACUGACCAAGAGCAUCAAAUCAUGCAAAUUGUAUGAACAUUGCAGUUCAUUAAAAUGCAAACUAGCUCCAGUGACCGAUGGCUGGGAAUCAUGUCAAACUAUGGGAUGAUUGUUCAAGCUUUGCGACUCCAGUAUAAGGGUUAUGUAACCUUAUGUUUUACUCAAAACUUUUGUGAGAUAGUUAUGGUUAAGGUUGUGUUGUUGCCAGCCAUUGACUAGUUUUUGGAAUUGGCAUCAGGAAUGUGGACAUCUCGCAUUCACAGAUAUGUUGAUGCUCGUCCGAGUCAAUGUGAAGAUUGAUAUAAACUACUGUUUGGAUUAGUGCAAUGACAGGUAAUUUGUAAAA